AUGGUGGAGGCAGUAGAUGGAUCGACAGAUCAGGGCCUCUUCAUCAGUAAUGAGGGCGUUGGUUUGGUUGGUCACGUUUGGACUCUGUCACAUAGGCAGACAGACACCAACUUUGUCCUGGGGAACGCUCAGAUAGUCGACUGGCCCAUCGUCUACAGCAAUGACGGCUUCUGCAAGUUGUCGGGUUACCACAGAGCAGAAGUGAUGCAGAAAAGCAGCACCUGCAGCUUCAUGUACGGGGAGCUCACAGACAAGGACACGACAGAAAAAGUCCGACUAACAUUUGAAAAUUACGAGAUGAACUCAUUCGAAAUACUGAUGUACAAAAAGAACAGAACACCUGUUUGGUUCUUUGUGAAGAUUGCUCCCAUUCGAAACGAGCAGGAGAAGGUGGUUCUGUUCCUUUGCACGUUCAGCGACAUCACGGCCUUUAAGCAGCCCAUUGAAGACGAUUCUUCUAAAGGCUGGGGGAAGUUCGCCCGACUGACCCGAGCUUUAACAAGCAGCAGGGGAGUUUUACAGCAGCUGCAGCCCACAGUCCAUAAAGGAGAGAACGUCCACAAGCACUCCCGUCUUGCUGAGGUCCUGCAGCUCGGCUCAGACAUUCUACCUCAGUACAAGCAAGAGACCCCCAAAACUCCUCCUCACAUCAUCUUGCACUAUUGCCUCUUCAAGACCACGUGGGACUGGGUCAUCCUCAUCCUCACCUUCUACACCGCCAUAAUGGUGCCCUACAACGUCUCCUUCAAGACGAAGCAGAACAACGUGACCUGGCUGGUGGUGGACAGCAUUGUGGACGUCAUCUUCUUGGUGGAUAUUGUUUUAAACUUUCACACCACAUUCGUUGGCCCGGCUGGGGAGGUCAUCUCUGACCCCAAACUGAUCCGAAUGAACUACCUGAAGACCUGGUUUGUUAUCGACCUGCUCUCCUGCCUGCCAUAUGAUGUCAUCAACGCCUUUGAGAACGUAGAUGAGAAUUGGAACCACCAAGCGGUCACUCAAGGGAUCAGCAGUUUGUUCAGCUCCCUUAAAGUUGUUCGUCUUCUCCGUCUGGGCCGGGUUGCCCGUAAACUGGAUCACUACAUCGAAUACGGAGCGGCUGUUCUGGUGCUGCUCGUGUGUGUGUUUGGACUGGCAGCACACUGGCUCGCCUGCAUUUGGUACAGCAUUGGUGAUUAUGAGGUCAUUGACGAGGAAACUAACAUUGUCCGCAUGGACAGCUGGCUUUAUAUCCUGGCUGAGACGAUGGGCCGGCCUUAUCGCUUCAACACCAGCGGAUCAGGGAAGUGGGAGGGUGGGCCCAACAAAGACUCGGUUUACAUCACAUCUCUGUACUUCACUAUGACCAGCCUGACCAGCAUCGGCUUCGGUAACAUCGCCCCAACAACAGAUGGAGAGAAAAUCUUUGCUGUGGCCAUGAUGAUGAUCGGCUCCCUUCUCUAUGCCACCAUCUUUGGUAACGUGACAACCAUCUUCCAGCAGAUGUACGCCAACACAAAUCGCUACCAUGAGAUGCUCAACAGCAUGCGGGACUUUCUGAAACUCUACCAGGUGCCCAAAGGCUUGAGUGAGAGAGUUAUGGACUACAUUGCCUCUACGUGGUCCAUGUCGCGUGGUAUAGACACAGAAAAGGUUCUGCAGAUUUGUCCAAAAGACAUGAGAGCAGACAUCUGUGUUCAUCUCAAUCGGAAGGUUUUCAAAGAGCACCCUGCUUUCCGACUGGCCAGUGAUGGGUGUCUCAGAGCUCUGGCCAUGGAGUUUCAGACCAUCCACUGUGCUCCUGGUGAUCUGAUCUACCACGCUGGGGAAAGCGUGGACAGCCUCUGCUUUGUGGUGUCAGGAUCCUUGGAGGUUAUCCAGGAUGAUGAGGUGGUGGCUAUUUUAGGUAAGGGAGACGUAUUUGGGGACGUUUUCUGGAAGGAGGUGACUCUGGCUCAGGCGUGCGCUAACGUCAGAGCUCUGACCUACUGCGACCUCCACGUCAUUAAACGUGACGCUCUGCAGAAGGUGCUGGAGUUCUACACGGCGUUCGCCAACCACUUCUCCAGAAACCUGCUGCUCACCUACAACCUGCGAAAGAGGAUUGUCUUCCGGAAGAUUAGUGAUGUCAAACGCGAGGAAGAGGAGCGACAACGGCGCAAAAAUGAAGCCCCUUUGAACUUGCCACCAGAUCACCCAGUUCGAAAACUCUUCCAGCGCUUCCGACAGCAGAAGGAAGCCCGCAUGGCAAUCGAGAAACCAGACACAGAUGAACAAGAUGUCGAGAAGGGCUCGGUCUAUGUGGACAUCCCGCUGGCUAAAGCAGCCAUUACAACUACCAGCAUUGUCACAGUAACAGAAAGUCCAGCUACACCUUCCUCUUCAGUUCCUUCACCUUCAACACCUCCCAACUGCCCCCUCUCAGAUACAGCAAAACUGCAGGUGCCCUCCACCAUUUCUUUGGCAGGGUGUCGGCCUGCUGAACCAGUCAAAGUCAAAGGCUGGGGUCGCUUCAAGGAGUCGAUUGCGAAAGCUGACAACUGGAACAAAGUGUCCAAAGCAGAAUCCAUGGAGACUUUACCUGAGAGGACCGCAGUGCACGAGUCACAGACGUCUCUAAAGAAGACGGACUCAUGUGACAGCGGCAUCACCAAAAGUGACCUACGCCUGGACAAAGUGGGUGAGUUCCGCAUGACUCCUCAGGACCGCAGUCCUGCCCAGCCUCCAGAAACCAGGCAUGCCUUCUACCCCAUCCCUGAGCAAACACUUCAGGCAUCCCUUCAGGAGCUCAAACUGGAGCUGAAGGAUGACCUUAAGAAUCUGAACGUCCGAAUGUCCAGCCUCGAGGCGAACCUUGCAGAAGCACUUAAACUCCUCAGAAGCAGGAAAUCAAGCACUGGCUCUUUGCAGCCUCUGUUUGACAUUUCUAGACCUGGUACACCAGAACUGGACAAAGAGGACAUUUUUUCUUGA